UUUAACGUUACUCUCACUUUGUAAUAUCGUUACACCUUUCACACCAAAUAUGCCUGUACAGCUGUUUUGAUCAUUGCAGUUCUUCCUGUUUAGCACUUAGAUAUUACUUUCAUUUCCUGUAAACCAAGAUUAGCAAGAGAAAGAUUUCUGGCAGUUGAUAAAACAGUUAUGUUUCCUUCACUGUGGAGUAUUUUUAUUCUGAUUUUCAAAAUAUACUACAGAAUUCAAGCAGAAGAUUGUGAAGCCCAGCGUGGAACUGAUGUAACCCUGAUCUGUGAAGUGCACAGUCUUCCAGAAUUCUCCACUCUGCAGUGGGAUGGACUGGGAGCUUCCAUACCUAACACCACCUUGUUCCUCAACAACACUGCCUACAUCAUUUUACACAGUGUAGACCAGCACAGUCAGGGCACAUACAACUGCACACUGAGGCAGAACGAAAAGAAGGAGAUAAAGAAGAGUGUAACACUCAGUGUAACAAAACAUACAUACUUAAAAAAGACCUCUAGUCUUUACAGAGGGAGCUCCAUCACCAGUGACCUAUUACUCAUCUGCAAGUCACAUAGGCUGUAUAACAGGAUUAUGUGGAGUCUUAAACAGCAAGCAGUACAGGGAGAAGUAGUACUAAUGGCUGCAGAAAAGGGAAAAAAGCCUAACUUUACUGGAGCAAUUAAACCAGGGAAACAUUCCUCCAUAUUCUACGAUGGUCAGGAGUUCAUCUUUCACAUCUCACCUGUGAGGUUCAACUACAGUGGGACGUAUACAUGUAUUGGGGAUGAUAAAACCGUCUAUUCCAGGUUUAAGCUCCACACUGUAAGAGUCUCUGCAGAGCCUCCUCAUGGUGCCUUCAGGAAUCAGUCGGUGGUUCUGACCUGUGAGGUGUCUGAGGUGACUGACCAGAUGACCCUGGCCUGGUUGAGAAUGGAGGGCAACAGGGCGGUGUUGGUCAAACAGGGCGUCCUAACCAAUAGGAACAGCACUAAGACCCUCACUCUGAUCCCGAGGAACCUCUCUGAUGAGCAGCGUAUGUGGCAGUGUGCCGUGUUUACUGAGAACAAGCUUAGAGCUCUGGCACCCCUCUCAGUCUUUGCAGAAACACCACAGCAAGGAGGCGGCGUAGUGGAGGGCACCAUCCUGUUUGUGGGGUGUGCUGUGGUUGGCUGUGUGGUCCUCUUGCUGGGAGUUCUGCUGUUUUACUGCCACAGGAAAUCAGCAGCCGGAGCGCCCUCUAAGGAAGAGAAGAGACUCAGAGAAGAUCAAUGCCAUUCUGAUUCAGCUUACGUGAAUAGAGAUGAUGGUCAUGUUGUCGCGGUUAAACCGGUGGAGGAAGAAGAAGAGGAGCUCCACUACGCCUCCAUCACCGUAGCGCGAGUCUGUCAUGGAGAAGGAAGGAACUGCAGAAAGAAGGCACCAGCUACCAGUGACUCCACCAUCUACUCAAAUAUCAAAUACCACUGAGGACCAUGAAGGCUAAUGUUACUGUGCUAAAUGUAUGGUGUACAUUCAAGAAGCUUCCAAUAUUUUUUUUCUUUAUUUUAAUUCUGUGAUUAACACAGUUAUUUAGGGAGGGGUUGGCCUACAAUUGUGGUUCAUUUAUGGUUCAUUAAUUAAUCAAGAAAUAUUUACCUAAUUAAAUAUAACUCAUUUAUUUUCAGUGUUGCUGAAUGGAGCCAGUCUUGACUGCAACAAAAAUAAUACAUGUAUUUACUGUCCAAACCCACCAGUGAGAUUUCUUUUUUUUUCACUUUGUUACAAAGUUUCUCACAGUGUUUGAAACUCAGCUAAAAUACAGUCUAAAGUUUCUCAAUAGUACUUUUCAUUAAAACACCUUCUGUUUAAUAUUUGGUCGUAAUUUGUAUUACUUCCUACAUUGUAUAUUAUUAUUGAAAACGUAAAAAGCUUAAAAAUUAUGUAAGAACAUAAGUUCUAGUUCUAGUUUCCAUGCGUCUUGGCAUGUUCUUCUCCACCAGUCUUACACACUGCUUUUGGAUAACUUUACACCACUCCUGGUGCCAAAAAUUCAAGCAGUUCAGCUUGGUUUGAUCAACCAUCUUUAUCUUGAGUUUUUUAAAUUGGUAAAAUCAAAGAAACUCUUUUUUAAGUGGUCUCCUAUUUAUUUAUUUUUUUUCCAGAGCUGUAUGUAUGCAUGUGUUUAUUGCGUACUGGUAUGUAAUUAUUGUAAUGAUUGUGAAUCCUGUAAACUGAUAUUCGCAAAAAGACCAGUACACAAUAGAAAGCUUUAAUGAAAUUUUAUGUCUCAAUAUUGUGGUCUGGUUUUGUGUGCCAGUGACUCACACUUGAGUAAACUUUAAGAGACCCUCCAGCGCUGGUUAUGAACUGCUUUUAAAGGCCCGCUCUGCUGAGUUUUAGUGUUCAAGGCUGAGAUAAAUCUAUGUCUCAGUGAAACACAAGCAGCCGGAUUUAUUUAUCCGCGAGGGAACUGGUGUCAGAUGCUGCUGAGAUUUCCCUGACGUAAUAUGUAUGGCUGUAAAGGCUUUUCUGGUGUGAUAAAAGCAGAAAUAUAGACUGUAAAUGUUUUUUGUAAUGCUUUUUUAUUGAAUCCUGUUUCGCGUGUGAGCAGGAGGUGGCAGUGCUGCGCUGCGUGGGAUUGAGUGGGAAUGGGAAUGGGAAGCGGGGCUCGUGGCUUGCGGUGGUGUUGUGGGGAGGUUGCGCAGAGCUGAUAUACGGCGUGGAAUAUAUAUGACUGUUAUGAGAUUCAAUGUGAUGAUCUACGUUUUGCUACUAGUGCAUGUUUGAAAUGAUGUCCACAGCUUUGUGAAGUACAGUGUUUUACGUGAGGUAUGGUGUGCAUUUGCGCGAAUGGCCAUGUGAUGGCACUGUUGGAAAAGGGGUUGUAUGCAGAUCGGUAAAUCUGCUCGAAAUAAAUCUUAAAAAUAAAGUA